AAAACAUGUUUAUAAGGCACACACCCUGUAGUCAGUUGAUUGAUCGAUAUGUUCUUUGUUACCAAGAAGGAGACAGUUGCCAAGGGGAACUAAAAAACAAAAUCUAGAAAGAAUUUAUAUUCACAAAAUAAAAUUUCUAAAACUGGAAAGCAGUGAAACAAAAAAAAAUAAUAAAAAAAAAUAAAUAACUAAAAAAAAUAAGAGUUAUUUGCGAUUUAUAUUUAUAAAUUAAUAGUGUUGAAAAAUAUAAAUAAUAUACGACAAACUGCCUAAACCAUGGAGGCUGCUAUACCCAUUACCAAUGAGCUGGAGCAACGCAUCUCCGACGCCUUCUGCAUCUUCGAUCAUCACGGCGAUAAGCGCAUCGACAUACGCGAAGUGGGCACCGUCUUGCGCUUUCUGGGCUGCGUGCCCACUGAGCAGGAGAUAAAUGAAGUAAUCGCAGCUACCGAAAUGGAGGAAUCCGCCGGAGAUGUGCAUCUCUCCAAAUUUAUGCCGCAUGUGGCGCAAUUGUUAGCGGAGCGAAAAAUGGAACCAGCUUCGCCGGAGAAAAUUCUCGCCGCCUUUCAAAUCUUGGAUCCAGAGCAGAAGACCUACAUAACCAAGGAGUAUAUGAGCAAGAUGAUGAUGGAGGAAGGUGAACCCUUCACACAGGAGGAGCUCGAUGAAAUGCUUGCUGUGGCCAUCGAUCCCAUCACUGGCAAUAUACCGUAUGAGUUUUAUAUCAAUCAGCUGAUGGUAUAUCUAUGAAUAAAAAAAUAUUGCAAAAUAUUGAAGAAAAUAUUAAUAAGAAAAGGAGAAAAUUUAUCGAUUACUGGAAGUCACAUAUUGUACUUCAUACAUACACAACACACAAAAUAAAAAAUAGUUACCAAAAACCAUAA